CAGUAGGGAGAGACAGUGAGAGAUCCUGGCACAGCGACAGGGUAUUUUCUGUUGGAGGGACUGUAUGCAUGGGAAGGAGUAGCAGCCUCAGUACCAGGCGGUGAUCUCAGAUCGGAGCGGAGAGUGGAUAGGGGAGGCUGCUACAUGCUGCUGCCGCUGCCGCCUUUGUUGUAAGCAGGGAACGUUUGGUUUCACCACUACAUCCAGACUGCAGAAAGACAUACGGAUAUUUAUCACGCAUUGAAAGGGAAAAUACAUAACAAAAGGCAUAUCAAUGUACUUAUACGAGGGCAGGGGACUGCUUCUGUUCACGCUCUUGGCCGCUUUGCAGAUUGCAACGGAGGGCAGGGGCACCCCUCCUCUGUGUCGGCCGGGCUUCUCUGAAGAUAUGUACGUUGCAGAGGUUCCAGAGAGUGCAGAGAAAGGACAGGCCCUUUUCAAUGUGAAGUUUGUGAACUGCGGCCAAGGUGGACCGGUGCAGUUCGAGUGCAGUAACCCGUUCGACUUCCGUAUAGAGGCUGACGGAGUGGUCUACGCCCUCAGGCCCUUGACCGUGUCCACCCUCCGGGCGGUGCCCCUAGUGAUCGUGGCCAGGGACGAGACCAAUCAGCAGCAAUGGCAGACCCAAGUGAGAUUAACGCCACCUAUAGGCCAGAGCCAACAGGUCCAAGAUAUCCCAGCUCCCCCAGCUCUGUCCCAGGGUCUCCAGGAGAUCUGGUUCCCAUCGCGGCAGACAGACAGCAGCUCCGUGGGCCAGCUCAAACGCAUGAAAAGGGACUGGGUAAUCCCCCCAAUCAACGUCCCAGAGAACUCCAGAGGAGAGUUCCCCCAGGACCUGGUCCGGAUCCGGUCGGACAAUGACAAGAACCGCUCCCUGAGGUACAGUGUGACUGGACCCGGAGCCGACCAGCCGCCCACUGGCAUCUUCAUCAUCCACCCCAUCUCUGGAGAGCUGUCCGUCAUGAAACCCCUGGACAGAGAACACAUUUCCAACUUCCAUCUGAGAGCCCAUGCUGUGGAUCUGAAUGGUAACCAAGUAGAGAGCCCCAUCGACAUUGUAAUCAAUGUGAUUGACAUGAACGACAACCGGCCCGAGUUCAUCCAUCAGAUCUGGAACGGCACCAUCCCUGAGGGCUCUAAACCAGGGACCUUUGUUAUGACGGUAACAUCUGUUGACAAAGAUGACCCCAAAACAGCCAAUGGGAUGCUGCGCUACAAGAUCGUAUCCCAGAAUCCUGAGAGCCCGACAUCCAACAUGUUCACCAUCAACAAUAAGACAGGAGGCAUCAUUACCGUCGCAGCCGGCCUGGACAGAGAGAAAGUGCCUCAGUACACGUUGAUCAUCCAGGCCACAGACAUGGAGGGCAACCCCAUGUACGGUCUCUCCAACACCGCCACCGCCGUCAUCAAAGUCACGGACAUCAAUGACAACCCACCGGAGUUCACUGCAGAGACGUUCUUUGGAGAGGUGCCUGAGAACCGGGUGAAUGUCAUCGUGGCCAACCUAACGGUGACAGACAAAGACCAGCCCAACACGCCAGCCUGGAACACCGUCUACAAGAUCACCGGGGGCGACCCCACCGGCAGGUUCUCCGUGCCAACCGACCCCACCACUAACGAGGGCCUGGUAACUGUUGUCAAGCCAAUCGACUAUGAGAUCAGCAGGACGUACGUGUUGACGGUGGUAGCGGUGAACGAGGUGUCCCUCGCCCGGGGCAUCCACUCCCCUCGCCAGUCCACCGCCACGGUCUCCAUCAGGGUCAUCGAUGUCAACGAGAGCCCUAACUUUGAACCCAACCCCAAACUCAUCAAACUGGAGGAGGGGAUGCAACCAGAAUCAGCACUAACCACCUUCACAGCACAGGACCCUGAUAGAUUCAUGCAGCAGACCAUUAGAUACACCAGGCUCUCAGACCCAGCCAACUGGCUGAGAAUUGACCCUAACACCGGGCACAUCACAACCAUCGCCGUCCUGGACCGUGAAUCGCCCUACGUGAAGGACAACAUGUACAGCGCCACCUUCCUGGCCUCUGACAGCGGCAUUCCCCCGGCGAGCGGUACAGGCACCCUGCAAAUCUUCCUGCUGGACAUCAAUGACAACGCGCCCCACGUCUACCCCCAGGAGACUGAGAUGUGUGAGAAACCUGAGCCCAAUGGCUUCAACAUCACAGCGCUAGACGGAGACCUCAGCCCUAAUGCCGGACCCUUCGCAUUCGAGCUGGCUAACAGGCCCUCAGACAUACGGAGAAACUGGACCAUCACACGGCUCAGUGGUGACUUUGCCCAGUUGAGCCUGAAGAUCAAUUUCCUGGAAAGCGGCAUCUACGAGAUCCCCAUCAUCAUCACUGACUCUGGCAACCUGCCCAUGUCCAACACAUCCUACCUGCGGGUCAAGGUGUGUCAGUGUGACCACAACGGGGACUGCACCGACCAGCAGCACAUUGUCGCUGCAGGGCUGGGCACGGGCGCCAUCAUCGCCAUCCUGCUCUGCAUCAUUAUCCUGCUCAUUCUUGUGUUGUUGUUUGUGGUAUGGAUGAAGCGUCGUGAUAAGGAGCGCCAGGCCAAGCAGCUGCUUAUUGACCCUGAGGACGAUGUCAGAGACAACAUCCUGAAGUAUGACGAGGAGGGAGGAGGAGAAGAGGACCAGGAUUACGACUUGAGCCAGCUCCAGCAGCCCGACACGAUAGAGCCUGAUGCCAUCAAACCCGUGGGGAUACGGCGUAUGGACGAGAGGCCGCUGCACCCUGAGCCCCAGUACCCUAUAAGGUCAGCAGCCCCACACCCAGGGGACAUCGGAGACUUCAUCAAUGAGGGACUUAAGGCAGCAGACAACGACCCCACAGCCCCGCCCUACGACUCCCUGCUGGUGUUCGACUACGAGGGCAGUGGUUCCACAGCCGGCUCCCUAAGCUCCCUCAACUCCUCCAGCAGCGGAGGGGACCAGGACUACGAUUACCUCAACGACUGGGGCCCUCGCUUCAGAAAACUGGCAGACAUGUACGGAGGGAGUGACGACUAGGAGACAAGACCUACAAAAAACAAGAUGACAAAGAAUGGUGAACCCAGGAAAGUAGAAAAUAUAUUUUGUUUUCCUCUCGAUGGACGUGGACAGGUUCUGAUUACCGAUAUUCCCCUGACCGAGUGGUGACAGGAACAAUGACAGAAAAGUACAAAAAAUUACAGCAUAAUUUCAAAAUAUUUUCAAAAAACAACCAACCUAGGCUUAUUGUUGUAGUCUACGCAUACAUAUGCUUGUUGAAGGCUUAGGCAUACGCUGAAAUGUGGUCCAGUUUUGGAGAAGGGGAGGGAACAUUGGUGAACUGUCACUGUUUGGAUCGUUGAUAUUGAGAGCGCUCAGUUACACUUGAAUUUCACAGUACAGAAGCACUGGGAUAUAAUGUGCCUUUUUGUACAUUUUUUGGGGAUCUGAAUGAUUAGUUUUAUGUUCAAGGCUUUAAUGGUACUGACUUUUGGAGUGAUUUCAAAACAUAAAGUAUGUUAAACUAUGGUAUGCUUCUACAUGCUUUUUUUGGUUACACAAUACUGCUGUUUGUUGAACAAUGAUUAUUUAAUUGAAUUACCAAGAGGAAGAGAUGAUGAAGGAUCCUUUGUUAACUUGGAUGGGGAGAAACAACUAAGAACAGCACUGUACAGUAUGCUAGAAUUUUUGACUUUUUUCACUAAAACAUAUAACUUAUGCAGCUGGUUGCAAAUAAAGGGAGUCAUAAAUGAUACUUUUGUAGCGGAAUACAUUUUUUUUCUUUUUUCUGAAGUGGUGUAGUACUUUACAAAAACAGCAACUGUUUAUCUUCUUCUAAUCCAUGUACACUUCAUUUGCCUUGGUCAUCAUCUGGUACUUUCAACUUUUUCUUCACUGUAAAGAAAAUGUGUACAUAAUAUUUUUUUUCUUUUUUUCUUUUGAUGUAGUCUAUGAAGCAGUGCAAAAAGUUCUGAACUUGUAAAUGUAUAAUUUGGACUACAAAUUAAAGGUUUUGCAUGUUUUUAUCUUUUCACAAUAACAAAAAUGAUUAAAAAAAAUGUUAUUUACAAAAUGUAUUUACAAAGCAAAAAAAUAAAAACCAGGUGACAUUACAUGUGUAGAAGAUAAGUUAAGAAAGUAUUUUGUAUAAAAUGAAGAAACAACUGAACAAAAAAAAUGAAAAAAUUGCUAUCUUGUCAGCACAACUGUUUGAAUUUGUACCAAAAAAAGGGUGUGGGUGGGGUGUUGUGGUACCCACCGUUGGCACUAAUUACUGAAUCAGCUUUAAGACUGGGAAAGGUUUUUGUCUGAAGCUUUGUGGAUAAUCGUAUGUACUGGAAUACAAAUGAUACAUCUGACCCCAACAAUCCGAAUAAAAUGCUAAUUUUGGAGCUAA